AUGUCUCAACCACAUUCACAUCUCCGACAAAACGCCCCAACCUCCAAAAGAACCACAACUCCACAAACUGCCCAACACUACCACCAGGUAUUCACCACCACCAUUAUGUCUUCACUCCCAACCGUCCACUACUACCACCACGGCUCUACCAUCACCACAAACACAACGCCACCACGCCUCUACCACCACCGUCACCACCACCACCUCACCUCCACACCACGGUCCCCAAUACCACGUAAUCAUCACCACCACAUCGCAUCCACCAUGUCCCCAACACCACUAUCACCAAGUCUCCACCAGCACCACAACGACGACGAUUCCAACACCACCAACCGUCCACCACUACCACCCCAGUUCAAACACCACCAUGCCUGCACCACCACCAGAAACAGCACCACGUCUCUACCACAACCUCGUAUCUUCCACCAUGCCUUCACCAACACCUCGCAUCCACCACCACCACGUCUCAACCACAUCACUACAACCAUCGCCUUCGCCACCACCACCACAUCCACAAGCACGCAUCUACCACCACGUCUUCACCACAGCAUCACCACGCCACCAUCACCCCAACCUCCACCAUCACGCCUCUACCACAUCACCUCCACUCCUGCAUUAUCAUCGCCACCUACACUACGUCUGCAUCAACACCACCACAACCAAUACUCCACGUCCAAGUUUCCACUAGCACAAGCACGUCAUCACCAGCAGCUCCACUUUUGCACCAUUAUGCAUGCACCAUCACUACCACUGCCACCAGGUCUUCAUCACCACAUCGACCACCACGUCACCAGUACCACGACGUAUCCAAUACCAUAUCCACCACCGCGUCUCUACCACUACGCCUCUACCGCCACAACGACGACUCCACGCCCACGCCUCCACAACCGCGUCACCACAACCACCACCAACAGGCUUUCUUCAUCACCACAACCUCGUCUCCACGAACACAACUACCGCCACCACGUCCCCACCAGCACCAAAACCACCACAGCCACCACUACCCUACCACCAUCUUUCCCACCAGGUCUCUACCACCACCGUCAGUACGCCUCCACUAUCACCACGUAUACAAUACAACACCUCAACCACUAG